AUGAACGAUGGAAAAUCGGAUUCGGAACUUCUGGAAGCAUCGACAUCGAAGGUUGUCGACCGUUUGCGUGAUUACGAGGAACUUGGUCAAAGUGUGAUCAUGGGAAAACAAGCAAUUGUUGAACUGGAUGAACGACGUCAAAAAUGUAGAGAAGCUGCACGACAUCUUCGUAAUAAAGCAAAAACACAGGGCGAACAAAGUUGGGUUUGCUUGGGAAAAACGACGUUCAUAAAGUUACCAACAAAUCAGUCACUAAGUCUGAUAGAAGAGGAUAUUCAAGUGAUAAACUCAACAAUUGAUUCUGCUCGAGAUGAGUUGAAGAAACGCGUUGAUGAACUGAAAGAGAUGGAAGGCAGUAAAGAUCUUCAGAGUCUUGGAUUCAAAUUACGACCCAUCUGCUGA